AUGACUAAAAAACCCCCCUUCACGGUCGAGCGACCUGGCUAUACACCUGUCAAGGGCGAGACAAUACCCAGAUGCCAUCCGUCUGUCAAGGAUGGACUGGUGACUCGACCAUCUGAAGAUGUAGGGACAAUAUGGGACAAUGUCAGGAGAGCAGCCGACAAAUUUGGCAAUGCGAAAGCCCUGGGCUCAAGGAAGCUCAUCAAGACUCAUACGGAGAACAAGAAGGUGAAGAAAGUAGUAGAUGGACAAGAGAAGGAAGUUGAUAAAGCAUGGACAUAUUUUGAGCUGAGCGGAUAUCACUAUAUGAGCUAUGUUGAAUACGAAAAGCAGGUACUACAAUGCGGCUCUGGUCUAAGACAUCUGGGUAUGGAGAAGGACGACAAAUUGCAUCUCUUUGGAGGGACUAGUGGGAACUGGCUAUGCAUGGCUCACGCUGCAGCCUCUCAGUCGAUGCCCAUAGUGACUGCAUACGAUACAUUAGGGGAGGAAGGUCUACGGCAUUCUAUGGUUCAGACCCAAUCGAAGGCCAUAUUUCUGGACGCUGCUCUAUUGAAAACCGUGGGCAAUUGUCUGAAAGAUGCCCAAUCCAUCAAAUACGUGAUUUACAAUGUGAAUGAAGAACCCAAGAAGGAAGAUCUCGAAAGGAUCCGAUCAGACUAUUCCGACCUCAAAGUGUUGAGCUUCGAAGAGCUUCGUCAAGCCGGCGAAAACCACAUGGUGGACCCUGUACCUCCUUCACCCGAAGACCUCGCCUGCGUUAUGUAUACUUCUGGCUCGACCGGCCCUCCGAAAGGUGUACUGAUCAGGCACAAGGGUGUAGUUGCCGCCAUGGCCGGCGUACAGACAAUCAUGGGACCAUACAUCUCACCUGGCGAAUCGCUGCUGACCUACCUGCCUCAAGCUCACAUUUUGGAAUUCGUCUUUGAGAACAUCUGUUUGUUUUGGGGUGGUAUUAUGGGCUACGGUAGCCCGAAGACUCUUUCAGAUACGUCAGUACGAAAUUGUAAAGGAGAUAUCCGAGAGUUCAAGCCAACAAUCCUGGUUGGUGUUCCCGCAGUAUGGGAAAGUGUCAAGAAAGGCAUAGUCUCCAAGGUCAAUUCUGGCUCAAUCGUCGUACGCAACAUGUUCUGGGGAGCUAUGGCCGCAAAACAAUUCAUGAUGAACACAGGUUUCCCGGGCGCCGGUAUACUAGACAACAUCGUUUUUAAGAAACUCAAGGACGCCACAGGCGGCCGUCUCCGUAUCUGCAUGAACGGAGGCGGUCCCAUUGCCAACGACACCCAGAAAUUCAUCUCGCUGGCAAUCACGCCCAUGAUCUCCGGCUACGGCCUCACCGAAACCUGCGCUAUGGGCGCGCUCCAAGACCCCAUGGCCUGGGACCCAGACGCGCUGGGCGACAUUCCCGGCUCUAUCGAAAUCAAGCUGGUCGACUUCCCCGAGGCAGGCUACUUCUCCACCAACAACCCGCCCCAAGGCGAGAUCUGGAUCCGCGGCGCCCCCGUCACCGAAGGUUACAUCGCUAAUGAAAAAGAAACCAAAGACUCCAUCACGGCGGAUGGCUGGUUUAUGACCGGCGAUAUCGGCCAAUUUAACGCCACUGGCCACCUCAAGAUCAUUGACCGCAAGAAGAACCUUGUCAAGACCCUCAAUGGCGAGUACAUUGCCCUCGAGAAACUAGAGUCCGUCUACCGCGCCGCCACCGUCGUAGGCAAUAUCUGCGUCUACGCCGCGCAGGAUAAGAAUAAACCCGUCGCGAUUAUCGUGCCGGUGGAGCCCGCGCUGCAGAAAUUGGCGGCAUCGAAUGGGAUCAAGGGUGGUAGUUUAGAGACGCUCGUCCAUGACAAGAAAUUGAAUGGCAGCCCAAGAUUACUGGCGCCAACAGAAUUCUGCUAA